AACCGAGAACUCCGCGUGCACCGUCGGUGGGCGUGUCCGCGAGGAGCCCCAGCUCACGCGCUCAGAUGCUUAAACUCACAGAGUGGAGAUAGCAGGGCGCAGACUAACCAGGCACGAGGAGAGAGAGAGAAAGAGAGAGAGGUCUACGUUGAUUUGUUUGUUUUCGACUCGCGGUGUCAUGAUGACGGCUCGGUUCGGUUCGGUGCUGCUGUGCGCGCUCUUGGCGGCGACACUUGCUCGCAGGAGUUCACCGGAGCCGGAGGAGGUGCAGGAGGCAAUCAGCAGCGCCAGAUGCACAUCCAGGUGCCUGAGUCUGCACAUGACGCAGCUGACAGCAGCCUUCAGACACCUGCAGAGUGACCAAGUUUUGGUUUGGUGUGACAACCACAGACGCUGCGCUCAGUGUCUUCAGCCAUGCAAAGAACUCUGGGAAACCAAGAAGAUGCUCUCUGCAAAGUCAUGUGAGAAGCAGACGGAGUGUGUAACAAGCAGAGACUUCCUGGCCUCUCUGAGGUCAUCUCGUCAGGGAGACUGCCCUCCGCCUCAACGAGCUACGGGAUUCGCCGCCGCCUGUGUGGAGAGCUGCUCAUUAGACCAGGACUGUCCAUCCUCCAGAAAGUGCUGCUUUAAUGGCUGCGGAUACACUUGUCAAGCUCCAGCCAAUUUAUAUAAAGGUGUUCCUCUGAAGCCUCGCAGAGAGCUCAACUUUGUGGAGGACUCAGAGGGGCGUGUGAAGGUGGCGUGGGUGUCAAAGUUCAAUGUCAGCAUGGAGCCUGUCAUUUACAUGCUCCAGUCCCGCUGGAACAUUGGCAUUCACCCCAGUGAAGACCAAGCCUCUCCGUGGGCCACGGUUGCUAUGACCCUGUCUGAGGAUGUGCUUCUGUCUGAUCUGCGGCCUCAGCGUUGGUACCAGUUCAGGGUAGCGGCCAUUAACAGUCAUGGCAGCAGAGGUUUCACCACACCCAGCAAACACUACAUCUCCAGUAAAGACCCAUCACCUCCAGAACCUCCAACAAAUAUGAGAGUGAGCAAUCAAACUCUAGAAUGGGCGAGUUCAACACCUGAGUCCACAGAAAGGUCACUUGGAAGUGGGCCCACAGUGGCAGUCUUAUUACACUGGGAUCCCCCCAGAGAGGGAGACUUACCUGUUCACAACUAUAGAAUCACCUGGAUGUCUCAACAUACAGGAACAACUUUUAAACACAGAUUUCAAACACAUGCAGUGCACAUGAAACCUGCACACGAACAGAGUAAAAAAGAGACCAACAGCAUGCUGACUCGAGGGGCUCAGAGUGAGCUGUGGCUGCAGGGCCUGCUUCCUGCCACUUCCUACCUCCUGUCUGUCCAGACGGUGGCCUACUGGGGUCAAAAAAGACUGAAGAGUCACAGAGGGCAGCUUGCUUUCACAACUGUCUCUCGUACAGACGAGGAAUUCUCCAAUGAGCUCCCCUCCUCCUUGUCAUCUCUUCCCUACCCUGACCUUGCUGCCUCCUCCUCUCCGACUCACCCUGAAUCUCCCCUGAAUCCCGUCACCUCUGAGACCCUGCGGCUGGAGGUCGCAGCCCCUCAUUACCACGACAACCAGCUGCAGGUGAAGGUGUUCUGGAAGUGGCCAUACCACGCCAGACAGAAACACAGAGGUCCGUAUGUUUUGCAGUGGCGUCCUCAUACCUGCAGCACAAAUGUUACGAGCUCAAAGAGAACAACAGCGGUGGUGGAGGGCACCCAUCACACCAUUAAAGGCCUCCAGUUUGCCUGCAAGUACAGAGUCGCAGUGGCAACAAAGGUUGAGCCAAGGGCCGAGGCUGUUGCCUGGGUUACAACCCCAACUUGUGCCUCAAUCAGGGUCAGAGGAGUCAAGGUUUUGCCUUGCAACAGUGAAAAUACAGAGCACCCCCUGUCUGUAAGGAAGGUGGUGCUACGACCAGAGCGACUGACUGCAGCUUUUCAACAAGUCAAUGGCACCUUGCUCACAACAAUUCGCUGGAGAAUUUCCCAUCAUGCACUCGACUCAGCUGCUGUUGAGGGUUUCCAGUUCACCUGGACGCUGCAAUCUGAGCUCAGUGCAGCAACGGAAAGACUAGAAGACACACGUGUCUCCCAGACGCAGACAAUCGGUCCGUCUGAGCGGUCGGUCACGGUUGGGGGUCUCCACAGUGGCAGCACCUACUGGCUGCAGCUCCGGGUGCUGACUGCAGGCGGCAGGGACGGAGCAGCGGUCUCCAAAAUCAUCCACACACCAGCGAUCAACAGCACUCUUUGA